CUAUGUCACAUAGAGACAAAAAGGUUUCAAAAGAAAAUAAACACAGAAAUGAUACAGAUGCACGAUUAGCAGCAAUGCAUUCAUCCACUGUCACCGCAGAAGAAAGAACAGCUGCCUCGGUCACCAACACAGCAUUUCAUUCACUGUCUUCUACAGCAGCUCAUUCAACAAGUAAAGGUUUCAAACCUGUGACAGUUAUGGAGACAGAAGAGACAGCGAAGUCCAGCACAUCCAGACUGUCCACACAGACCCUGUCCACACGGACCCUGUCCGCACAGACCCUGUCCACACAGACCCUGUCCGCACACACUGCCUCGUCUGCAGGGUACAGUCCUUUCUCUGUCCGACAUAAAAUCAAAUCCUUUGAGAAUCUGGCUAAUGUUGACAAGCCCCUGGUGAAAAGCAGUGAUCCUCAGCCGUAUGCGCUGGCAUAUAGAGCCCCGCUGAACCAAAGGAUUGCAGGUUAUAUGGAACUGGUUAAUGCUGUUGACUUCCGGACACGGCAAAGGAGUUUUAGCUCUUAUGUGGAAAAUCUGCUUCCAGCCACAUCCUGUUCUCUUCGUCUUCGUAAGUCUUCUGAGAAUGAAGUUCACAAAGCUCCAGAUGGGGCUGCACCACACACUCCUCCAGUGCUGCGCAAGAAACAUGGCAGACUUCUCUACAGUAGGUUACGGCAGCUCAGGGCUCUCAGCAUGCCUGAGCUGGAAAAACUGUGCAAAGAGGACGCUGCAGGAGGGUGCAGCAAUGCUGAUAAAACAGACUCUGACACCCAGUCCACUAUAGCCCCAGUGACUGACAGCUUUCCAACCUGUGCAACUCCAGUGAAAGCAGAUUUGAACAGCGUUAACCACAGUGAGGCUGAAGUCACUGAAGAGACUGCUCAGAGGACCCGAGAGACCCAUGGCCGGCAGCUCGGCUGGUCCAUCAGUUUAGAGGAGCUGUCGGCUUCACCUGUGAGUCAGUGUAAACUGCAAACACUGCUGUCCUCACUAACAGCGAAAGCUUACAUAUCAACCCUGCUUCAGCAAACCAAGGUAAUGUCUCACUGCAGAUACAGACCACAGACACAGAUACUUUCAUCAGUGGGACACAGAGUGGACGCUACCUUUGUUCGUUCAUUCAGUAAAAGAGGAGCUGCAGAGCUUUCCGGACUUAUCGAGGUUGGCGAUGAAGUCCUGUCUAUCAAUGGCGGUUCUCUGGAGGGACUCAUGCACCAUGAUGCCUGGAAAAUGAUCAAAGCCACUAAUGAAGGGCCUAACCAGCUCCUCAUAUGCAAGCAGAGCAAUGUGAUGGUGACUGUGGCUCUAGCAUUCCAGCUUAUACAUCCACACUAUAUGCCUCUGUACCUAUUCACCUAUAUGGACAUCAAGACGAGGGAGCUCUUUGCCAUUAAUGGAGGAGUUCAGGUAUCGGCUGUGGCACACCCAGCUAGUAGGAGAGCACAUGCUCCGGUAGAAGGCCAGCAGCAGCAGGUUGUUCUUGCUGAGGACACGGAGGACGUGCAGCUGCUGCUGGGCCUUCUUCACCAGGGUGAUGGAGGUGUGGGUCCAGCAGCUGAUCCAGUGGAUAAACUGUUUAUGCUGAGUCUGCAGGGGGUCCCAAUGACAUCAUGCCUCGUCCCUGUACCGAAGACGCCACGUCCCGGUGGCUCCCAGGAUUACAGACCUGUGCCCCUGACCUCCCACAUCAUGAAGACCCUGGAAAGACUCAUCCUGGACCAGCUCUGA